AUGAACCAUCUGCACCUCUCCAACCUCCUUCAUCUCCCACGACUCGCCCAUCUCUUCACCCUCGGCCCUCACCAGACCCAUCAGCCGGCGGAUGCUGCAAGCCCGACGCUGCCUCCUUGCCUAAAAUCGCUCAUUCUUUCAAGUUCUUGUCCUGAUCCCGACACCAUCUUCCCACUAGCUGCGCCGUUCAGUGGGCUAGAGGAGUUGCUGAUGAGCAACUGCAGGGAGCUGAUGAGCCUUCCAGACCCCAUUGGAGACGUGCUGCCGUGCCUUCGCAAGUUGACGAUUCGCAAUUGUUCUUCUCUUCACCGACUGCCUAAAAGUUUCACGUCUCUGAGCCGUUUGGAAGCCCUUGCCGUUUCUGGUUCUGACACAUUCACCUUACCCAGCAACUUGGGCCAUCUGCCUGCCCUCAAACUGCUGGAGCUAAAGUGGUUGUCUCUCACCGAACUCCCUCCUUCCUUCACUCAUCUCAUGUCUCUCGAAGCACUUUUUGUGGAUAAUUGUCGUUACUUUCGACAGCUCCCAGCAGGGUUCUGCCGCCUCACAGCUCUCAAGGCGCUCUGCUUGCCAAUCCGGGAGUUGCCUAAGGAGAUUGGAGCCCUUGCAGGUCUGGAGGAACUUAGUUGCGGCUGGAGACUCUCAGAAGUACCCUCGCGGCUGGAUAGACUCACGGGGCUCAAGAGGCUGGAGCUGUUUGCAUGUUUGCGGCUGAGUGAGCUCCCUGCUGCUCUGCCCCCCUCUCUUGAGACCCUCACUUUGGGUACAUUCAAGGAAGGCUCUUCGCCUUUCGUGGACAUCUCCCAGCUGUCGCAGCUGAGGGUGCUGAAGCUGAAGGACGUCGGGGUGCGAUGCGGACCUGAAGUGAGCGGCAGGUUCGCGUGUCUGCAGCAGCUGGAGCAGCUGGAAAUUCGUUGGCAAAUCGACACUCAAGAGCUCCCAGUCCCCCUGGCCUUUCUCCCUCGCCUGCGCAGCUUGCUGAUAGAUGCACCUAGACCCUGCAGCCUCCCGGACAAGAUGGGGGCUGCGUUGCCGCAGCUGCGGCAUUUGGAGCUGCUUUCUUGGUCACAGGAGGAGCUGCCAAGGAGCAUAAUGGAGUUGCUCACGCUGACCUCAUUGACGAUCAACACACGUCGGCUGGUCUCGCUGCCUCAAGGCAUGAGCCGCUUAACUCGGCUGCGCAAGCUGCACCUGAAUUGCUGCAAAGCCUUGCAGCACCUCCCGGAGUUUCUCACCCAGCUGCACCAGCUGAUUCUCCGAAACACCUCCAUCAGACCCCUUCCCGCUAAUCUCGUGCAGUUUACUAUAAAGCCUUGA